GCCACCACGGAGAUUGGGGAUUGUAGGGUUCUGUUGCUCUGGUGACCAGUUGUCCAGAGCCUCUGUAUUGGAUCUGCCAGGGUUCCGGGAAGAGGCAGGCCUGGCUGGGCCGGUCUUGGAGGAAGGCUUUGGAACAGGAGCAGGGAACAGAGUAGGCUUGGCUGUACUUGUAUUUCAGUGAUGCCUACCCUUUCGGUGUUCAUGGAUGUGCCCCUAGCCCAGAGGCUAGAAGGCAGCUUGUUAAAGACCUACAAGCAAGACAAUUGUCCUAACAAGAUUUUCCUGGCCUUUAGAGUCUGCAUGACCAGCGAGGGCCAUCCUUGGGUGUCUUCCGUGGUGCCCAAGAUCCGACUGCAGAUCGCGUAUGAUCCCUCUCUGAACUACGAGUAUGUGCCCGUGAAGGGCAUGAAAUCAUUCACUGAGGCCUCCUUGAAGCUCCUCUUUGGAAAACACAGCCAAGUCAUUAUGGAGAACAGGGUAGGGGGUGUGCACACUGUUGGUGACAAUGGAGCCUUCCAACUUGGGGCCCAGUUCCUCAAAAUCUGGCGUAAGGAUUCUCAAAUAGUUUACAUUAUUUCUUCCAAAAAAGAACCCUACGGACUCGUCUUCCAGGACAUGGGCUUUACAGUUUGUGAAUACUCCUUCUGGGACUCCAAGCAGCUGUGCAUAGACUCCAACGUGCUCCUCGAUGUGGUGGAGCAGGCCCCACAUGGCUGUAUCUUUGUGAUUGGGAACCUUGGUGACUGCAACUUGACACAAAGUCAGUGGGCAAGGUUGAUGGCCAGCAUGAAGAGCAAGCAGAUAUUCCCAUUUUUUGACAUUCCCAAUCAAGGUUUAUCCACCGGGGACUUGGAAGAAGAUACUGGAUUCUUACAGUACUUCGUGUCUCAAGGCUUUGAGUUCUUCUGCAGCCAGUCUCUGUCCAACACUUUUGGCAUCUAUGAUGAAGGAGUUGGGAUCCUGGUCGUGGUAGCACUCAACAACCAGCUCCUGCUAUGCGUCCUCUCCCAACUGAUGAAACUCACCCAGGCCCUGUGGCUAAACCCCCCUACUACGGGGGCUCGCAUUAUCACCUCCAUCCUCUGUAACCCUGCUCUUCAGGAAGAAUGGAAGCAGAGUCUGAAAGGGCUUGUAGAGAACAUCAUGCUGAUUAAGGAAAAGGUGAAGGAGAAGCUCCGGCUCCUGGGAACGCCUGGUUCCUGGGAUCAUAUCACAGACCAGAAUGGGCCCCAUAGCUAUCUUGGACUCAACUUCCAACAGGUGGAAUACCUGGUCAAGAAAAAGCAUAUCUACCUUCCCAAGAAUGGUCGGAUCAACUUCAGCUGUAUCAAUGCCUGCAACAUAGAUUAUAUCACUCAGAGCAUCAGUGAGGCUGUCCUCUCCACCAAGGGCUCAGAGUAACAUAUUCAGA